AGAGAGAGAAAGCAGUAGAGUAUUUUUCUUUUGGAUAGAGCAUCAGUUCACAUUCAUUGUGAUCAGCCAAUUGAAGAAACAGGAACAACUAGCAAAAUGUCCCAAGAUGGAAUGUCCAGAGAAGAAUAUGAGGAGUAUCAGAAGCAGAUGGUGGAGGAAAAGAUGGAGAGAGAUGCAGAGUUCAACACAAAAAAGGCAGAAAGGGCUUGUCUGAGGACUUGUUUAAGAGACAAAUAUCGACUUCCAAAGAGUGAACAGGAUGAGAUUAUGAUUCAGCAGGCUGGAGAUGACAUUGACGUGCCAGAAGAAAUGAUCAAGAUGGUGGAUGGAGAAGCGCCACAGGAAGAGGAGGAAAAGGAGUCCAUCAUGGGUCAAAUGCAGAACCUUCAGAACAUGGAUAUGGGGCAGCUCAAAGAAAAGGCUCAGGCCACGUUUGUGGAGAUGAAAUCCAAGGCUGAGGAGAAGUGCACUGUCAUGUAAAGUGACGAGGAAGUCAAAGUUAUCUUAUCUUGAUGACUUCCAUUUGCUUUGCCGUGAAACUAUUAAUAGUUUCUUUUUCCUGAGAAAUAUUGAUCACACUUUAAGAUAUGAAUGUCACUGUGCAGAAAUGGAUUUGUGUAUUUAUUCGAAGUUCUUUCAGUUGGUUUCUUGUUUUCCUUUUUAAUCAAUUCAUUGUUUUUAUUUAGUUUCUUUUUUUAAUCAAACUGUUAUUGACCUUUUCAUUGAGUAAUCUUGACUUACAAAGUCAGAUUUAUCACCAAUAUCUACAUGCUAAAAGACAAUGACAUUUGAUUCAUGCACUUUAUUUAAAAAUAAAGGUUAUUUUUUAAACACGUCUUUAAAAUCCAUAGGAAAAAGAGAUGUCUUGAGAUGUAAUGAGGUGACAGAAUUUGUAACAUAAAUGAUCAUUUAAAAUGACUAAA